AUAUACCCCAAAGGACGCAACUUUUCCUAAUUUAACCUAAGUCGUAUCUCUCACAUUAAUAUUUCCAUGCAUCUUUGUCACGCUGUAUACUGUAAGAGCUAUACGCUGUCUUUUUUUUCCAUACACAAGGUAAUCGUGAGAAUUGAAGCUCUUUGCUAUUAGCUAUUGCUUUAACUAUAAUGCUUGGGCUAUCAAGUGUUUGAUCAAUUCUAUCCUAAGCUACCUUACCAGUUGACUAAAACCUCCCUUUGUCAUUAUUUAACCCCCUUGCGUCAAUUUCAAUCUGAAUUCUGAUAAGUGGUAUAAAGAGCUUUAUUGAAUUUAAAAUGUCGCACCUACUAAAAAAUUUAGGGUCAGAGACAAAAAAUGCAAGAAGGAGAAAAAAGAAGAAGCGUCCACGGUACCGUGACAUAAUGAGCGUGGAGGGGGUGAGGAAAAUCAUUUUGAGCGAAUUAGCACAAAAAAUUAUAGGUUGUGUUGCUGGUGAGAACGUUACUUCUGAGAAUCCUUGGAUGAUGGUGAGAAAAGAACUUAUUCAGGAUAAUAUUGAAUUGCAUGAGGAGAGUUCUGAAUUCUUAUCUAUCAGGAAAGAAAUACUGGAGUAUCCUAAACCUGAGCUGUUGAUAGGCUACAUCCCUGAUGAUAGUGUUGACUAUGAAGAAUUUUACAUAUGUGUAACAGAAGACGCAUUAGCAACUGUGAACGAUAUAAUUAGUAAGAUAAAGGCAGAACAAGAAGCACGAUUAUACAAUACUAUCAAUAAAAAAAUUAAAAGAUGGGAGACCCAAGGCAGCGAACUAGAGGUUGAUGAAGAAAUAGUGAAAAACUCCAGACCUCUAAUUGAGGUCGAAGUGGAAAGUGAGUACCCAAUUUUCUCAUCUACAACACCCCAAUUCCAAAUCGUUAACGCUGAACAAAUGAGGGAUGGUUACAUGGAACUAAGGUGUUAUGACACCGCCAUGAACAAUGUUUUCAAAAAAAGAAUAAAUGCGGAAGUUCAAGUUGCACCACAAUCUAUUACUGCUGAAGUUCAAACUACUUGCACGUAUCCAUCUAACAGCACAACACAGUACCAAUAUGAAAUUAAAGAUGCCGAAGAAACUUACAAGCAAUGUCAAAAGAAAAUACUGUCAGAUAUACUGACGGUAAUAUUUCUUUGAUGAGCAAUCUACUCAAGGUAAAUGGUACUAUCAAUCUCUAUUCGGACGACUUCGCGAACCUAGUAAACAAUACCAAGUUCACCAAACCAAUAGCUAAGGAGGAAGUGAAAGAGUACAUGUCAUUUAUGGAUGUGAAUAUGUGCAAAGGCAAGAUGAUUGCAGAUGCGGUUUGGCAUCCUAUGUGGACAGGAACAGUAGCUGUGGCUUAUGCUGACGCAGCACCCAGUAUAUACUAUACUGGACAUAAUCAAGAUGAUGUAGUAAUGAAAGCAGUUCAUGGCAUAAAUCCUGUGCUAAUAUGGAGUUGUCUCGAUCCCCUUAAACCCAGGCUGAUUUUGGAAACACCAAGAGAGGUCCAUAAACUUUCUUUUUGUAAAUUUGAUCCAAAUGUAUUGGUUGGAGGCUGUUGCAACGGUCAAGUAAUUCUGUGGGAUAUACGAAAUAAACUAGAAAAAGUUGAGGCAUUAGAAGUAUUGACUAACGCACAACAAAGAUACAGAGCUACAAUGCAUUCGCUCAUGGGAUGGAUGAAGAACAUUCAUAAUAUAUCGAUUGUUAGACCUACUGUCGUAUCUGAUUUGAGAAACUCUCAUAAAGGACCUGUAACUGGUAUCACUUGGCUAAGCCCUCAUCACGAAUUUUCAAAACUCGGCAAUUUGACACAGCUCGAUUCUGAUGAGACAUCAAUGCAAUUUUUAACAUGCAGUGAAGAUGGCACUGUUUGUAUAUGGGAUUUAUUGAAGAAACCUACUAUUCAACCAGGAGGCUUCAAACCGAGGAAGCUGAAGAGACUGAAGAGGAAACCUAGCGCUUUAAUAGCUGAAGUUUCACCAUAUUCUCCUCUUCACUUAAACUUGAAGCCAAUUUACAGAGUAAAUUUGACAAAAGGUGACAAACAGAACAGAAAUGUGGGAAUUUCCAAUUGCUCAGCGAAAUUAAACAUUGUCAAAUAUGUUGAAGUGCGCCCAGAAAAAAAUAAAAAACGUCCAUUACAUGAGAGAGUUAUCUAUAAGCCUGUACUGGAACCCAGACGUGAUGUGGAGUGGAAACCAGAUACUAAAAUUCAUUGUGGCACCAUGGAAGGUGACUACAUUUAUAUGAAAUGGGAAGGAAAAGAGUACGAGUCAGGAGAGGUGGUGAAUUCCGAAUUAAGUAAAAUCGAGAGCUACUCCAAAUGUCAUGAUGGUCCUGUCAACUCAUGCAGUAUUUGUGAAAACUCCCAUGUAACAUUAACUGUAGGCGGUAAAGUGAUAGCUCUUUGGAAGGACGACUUCCCCAACAGGCCUAUCCUUUGGAGAAGGUACAGACAUAACAUGUUCACCACAGGAGAAUGGGAUGUUUUCCAGCCUUUCAGAUUCAUGAUAGAAAUCAUCAACGGAAACGUAGAAAGUUGGGCGUUGCACUACAACAGCAAACAACCCACUUUUCACUUGAUAUUUUCCAGUGGUUAUUUGACGACUGCAGCGAUACAUCCUAGACCAUUGAAAAAACUCAUAUGUGGAGCCGGAGACAAGCAAGGCAUUUUUCGUCUAUUCUUCAUCCCUGAAGACACCCAUGAGUCAGAAGGUGACAAAUUGAAGGAGUUUGAAAAUUUUAUCGACAGAGAGGUAAACAGAAAAAAGAAAUUUCUGGCUUGGCAAGAAGAAUGGAACAGGAAGAAUGAGUCUUUUCUAAAAAUAAGGCAGGAACAGCAAAGAGAACUAAUGGAGCAAGAAGAACAAGCGAAGAAAGCUAAAGAAGCGGAACUAAUGGAAGCAAAAGCAGUUGAAGUAGUUGUUAGAAAAGGACCAGCACCAGGUAAAUACAUAGAAUGGGUGAUAGAACAACGCCAAUUAGAGGAAGAAGCAAGAAUUAAAGCUACGAUCAUCAGUAAAAAGCAGUUGAAUACAAAAGAGUUGGAGAAACGAAGGAAGCCCUUGCAAAAGCUAGAUGAGGAGAAUGAAAGAAAGAAAAGGAAACAAAGGAUGAGGUUGAGGGAAGGUGAACAUAUAUUUAAGGAGACAGUCGCGGCACUGUUUCCUGAUGCGGUAAAAGAAAAACCAGUCCCUCCUCCAGAUCCAUACGUCAUUGAAGAUGAACACAAAUCACAAGCGAAGUACCACUUCAACAAGUACUUGGAAGUGGAUAAAGGUGCUAAAAUUUUUGUAGCUACAAACCCUUACAAGUACGAAUUUCAUUGGAGAUCUGUAUUGGAUGGAGGUCGGCUAAGGAGAAAACAGUUGUUUUUAGAGGCGAUGGGUCUUGGUGAAAGAAGAAGGACGAAAAAGUCGUGGGAAAGCCAGGGUACUGCUCCUUUUAUGGGAGCCGCAUCGGUAUCAGCAGUUGAAGAGCAAACUUACGGAACAGAAUCUAAGCAGCCUGAAACAAGCGAAGCAACUAAAUAACCUCAAGAAGCUUAAGACAAUAAAUAUGUGUUAACAUUAUUCUUUGAGAUUUAAAGAUAUGAAUGGUAUACUGAUAUGGAGAAGAUAUUUUAUCGUUUGUCCAGAAUAGUCUCGGAUUGGAACUAUUAUAUUUGUGACAUCAUCGGUUAUAGUUUCCGGUGCAUCGGGCUGUUUGUUAAUAAAAGAGUUCUAUAUAUA